UCGGCGGCGGCUAGCGCCGAACGAUUGCGGGCUGUUUCUUUACUCUCACGUGAGCGGGGCCUUGGCGACGCCGCGAGCACCUCCAACAAAGUAGGCGCACGGUCAAAGUGAAAGACUUUUCAGAUGUGUCGACCGUCGCUGGCGGCGAUGUCAACGCUCCUAAUGGCGUCCGGCCCACUGCGUGCUUAUCCUUGAAUGGUAGAAAACUCUACCAGAUCAUUGUUUUCCACAUAGUUCCCCGCCUUCUCUGAUCAUUCGUGCGCCAUUAAUGGAGGGAGAGGAAGUGCCGUCCUAUUUUCUGUGUCCGAUAUCUCUGCAGCUGAUGAAGGAUCCGGUGACUCUCUCCACCGGCAUCACCUACGAUCGGGAAAGCAUCGAGCACUGGAUCUUCGCCAGCCGCCGGAGCACUUGCCCCGUGUCCAGAAAAAUCUUGCCGGACUCUGAAAUCCUCACCCCGAACCACACCCUCCGCCGCCUCAUCCGAUCUUGGUGCUCCCUCGACGGCGUCGCUAAGCAGCUGCUCCCGGCAGUGAAUCUCCCGGCGGUCGAUGCUGCCCGCGUCGCGGAGCUCCUCGAGCUGCACCCGCUUGCCGCCCUCCGCCAGCUCCGUGCCGUCGUGGAAGAGAGCGAGCGCGGCAAGCGGUGCGUCGAGGCGGCCUCCGGCGCCGUCGACUUCCUAGUUUCCUUCGUCGUCGCCGGCGAGGAAGCGCAUUGCGCCGAGGCACUUGAUAUUCUCCGAUUGCUCAGGGUCUCGGGAGCCGACCUCGUCGGGAGAAAUCCGCGCAUCGUCGAGUCAUUGACGGCGAUUCUGAGGCGACGAGGCGACAGCCAAAUCCAAUCGCGAGCCAACUCUAUGCAUCUACUCGACGUGCUCGUGCGCGAGAUGUCGCACGACGAGCUCGCCGCCCUCGGCGAGGAGGUCUUUCUCGAGGUGGUCAACGUGGUGCGCGAGGGCGUCUCGCAGCAAGCGACCAAGGCCGCGCUGCGCGUGCUGGCCACGGCGUGCUCGUGCCCGACGGGGCGGAGCCGCGUGAAGGCAGUGCGCGCCGGCGCGGUGGCCGCGCUGGUGGAGGUGCUGCUGGCGGAUCCGGAGCGGCGGGCGUGCGAGCUGGCGCUGGUGGGCAUGGACCAGGCGUGCAGGUGCGCGGAGGGGCGGGCGGAGCUGGUGGCACACGCGGCCGGCGUGGCGGCGGUGGCGACGAAGCUGCUGCGGGUGUCGGACGCCGGGAGAGAGAGAGCGGUGAGGGUGCUGCACUCGGUGGCGCGGCACGCAGCCACGCCGGGGAUAGUGAGGGAGAUGGAGGAGGUGGGGGCGGUGGCGGAGCUCUGCUUGGUGCUGCAGCUGGAGUGCAGGAGGAAGACGAAGGAGAAGGCCAGAGAGAUCCUGAGGCUGCACGCUCGGGCGUGGAGGGCCUCGCCGUGCCUCCCGCCUAGCUUCCAUCUCUCCUAAGCCCCUAUCCCUCUUCACCACUCGAUUAAUCAAAUCUCAUCUCUGCUCAUAAUUCUCGAUCAAUAUUUUUGAACCUCUCUCGAUCGAUCUCAAAGUUGCUGCCUUUUCCCUCGAUCGAUCACAGUACGUACUAGCAGAUCAGGUACGGUGCGUUGUAAUAUAAUUCUAUGUUAAUUUCAUGCAAAAGUAAUUCGAACUUUUCCUUAAUUAUAUUCUCAGGCAAACAAUUAACGGUGAUGAUUAAAUUAAUAAAAAGUUAUUGCAUGGUGAUUGGUGAUUGGCGUCUGUGUAUAUGCAUGGAGUUUGUGUUAUGAUGAUUUCUGAUUGCUUCAGGUUUUGCCAAGGAACUAUAUCGAUCUGCAGGUAGGUUUAUUUAUCAUGGUGGGUUUCAUCCAUUAUCAGUUUGGAAAGUUGUGAAGUUUCAUCCAUUACUUUUUCUCUCCUUAUUUUCACGUAACUUCAGUUUUUUUUAAAAAAAAAAAAAAUUCAAAA